ACCGGCGAGUGAGGGCAGUCACGUGCGGGCUCUGGACCAAUGACCGCGGCUCUGACUACAACGAGGCACAACAGUUCGUAGAGAGAUGGCGCCCAGCUCGAAAUCCGAAAAGGACGACGGCAAACAGAAAGCUCAAAGAAGACGCAAGGACCAUGUCGUGAAGCUACUCAUGCAGGGGAAGCUGUCAGGACAGUUGUCUCAGCGACGCUUCAGGAAGCUCCCACCUCGAGUGUGUGUCCCUUUGAAAAAUAUUGUCAGCGAGGAGUUCCUGAGAGCAGGGCAUAUCUUUCUUGGCUUCACGAAAUGUGGCCGCUACAUCCUGUCCUACACCAGUGACUGUGGAGAAGAUGAUGAUUUCUCUUUCUAUACCUACCAUCUCUACUGGUGGGAGUUCAAUCUGCACAGUAGACUCAAACAGGUCCAUCACGUGCGUCUAUUUGCAGGCGAGGAGAUCUACAGUGACCUCUACCUUACUGUGUGUGAGUGGCCAAAUGACCACUCCAAAAUAGUCAUCUUUGGUUUUAAUACACGCAGUUCCAGCUCUGUUCUCAUGAACUUGAUGAUGAGUGAUGAGAACAACAGAGAUAUAUACAUCACCAUUGCCUCAAUGCCUCCUCCCAAACCCUGCUCUCACUGCUGCCCAGUUCCUUCAGCCACUACCAUCCGGACAGGCAGUGGUGAGUGUCUGGAGCAUGGCUAUGUGCUCAACAGCAGGUACCAGGUGGUGUAUCCGUUCCCUACUUUCCAGCCAGCUUUCCAGCUGAAGAAAGACCAGGUGAUCCUGUUAAACACAAGCUACUCCUUGGUGGCCUGCGGCAUCUCACUCUGCCCAGGUAAACAGGGUCAAUCGUCACAGAUCCUCUAUACAAAAAGAGCAACUUUAUCAAGUCAAGCCUCCACAUCGCUUCCAUCCACCCCCUUGGCCUCUUCUUCAUCACUACCUCAGGGAUCUCCCGGAAGCCGAACCCCACCAAGCAGACCUGCUCCCAUCUCCUCAUCUCCCAGCCAGUCACAGGCAGCUGUGAGAGCCCGGGAGUUUGCAGCGGACCUCUUCAGACGGGCCCAGGGAGGAGUAGCGGGGGGAAAAGAAACUGAGGGCCAGCAACAGAGGAAAGCAGCUGAUGGUGGUGAAAAAGAGGCAGUGAAGAUACCAGGAGACAAAGAAGUACACGGAGAGAGGAGGAAAGAUCAAGAGAAGGUCUUGAGAGAGAGGAGGGAGGAGGAGAGAAGGACUAGUUUACCACAGGCAUCAACAUCCUCUGGGCAUCACAAUUUUCACCAAUGCCCAGAACAAGUGAUGUCUCCUGCAUCCUCUUCCUCUUCUCCGUCACCCCCUCCAACUCCAUCGUCAUCCCAGGAUGCCGGCCCCUGUGAGCCUGGAUACGUGAACUACUCACACUUGCACUACUGCCUCCACCAGCCAGGAAUGACAGAGCAGAAUACAGGAGGUUAUGAAGACGAUAAGGUCCAACUACCAUUCACAGUUACUGAUCUAAAAGGGCGAAACCUGCAGCUGGUCACUGGGCCACACGAUGGACAGAGUGUGUGUGUUGAGCAGCUGACCCUGGACUUUGAGUACCUUAUCAAUGAGGUGAUCCGGAGCGAUGCUGCUUGGGCCCCUCAGUUCUGCUCCUUCAGUGACUAUGAUGUUGUCAUAUUAGAAGUUUGUCCAGAGACCAACACCGUGAUGAUCAACAUUGGUCUGCUGUUACUGGCGUUCUCCAACUUGGAUGAGGAUCGCUGCAGGCCAAACACCUACCAUUCCAACCUGCAAGUUAGCUGGGAUUUAAACACUGGUGUGUGUUGCACCGUGGGUGUUGGUGACCUCACGGAGGUUAAGGGUCAGACAAGUUUUGUUGAGUUAAACGUGUUGACGUUUGUGUCCGUCAGUGGGAGUGUGUGGAGUUCUUACAGAAAGUCCUGCGUAAACACAGUGAUGAAGUGGCUGGUCCCUGAGAGCAGCUCCCGCUACAUCAAUCGCAUGACCAACGAAGCUCUCCACAAAGGCUCCUCUCUGCAAGUGUUGGCAGACAGUGACAGAUGUACCUGGAUUGUGUUAUGAAGAAAGAAGAGACUGCUGCUCACCUGGCAUGUGCACAUGGUCCCAUCUUCAAUGAGUCUGAGAGGAAAUGGCACACAUGCUAAGUGACGGUGCUUUGGUGAUAUGUAGUUAAAAUGUGUGAACCUGUAUGACCAUAUGGAACCUGAACCUGGACCAGGAACGCUCUAGAUGACAGACUUUUUUUUUUUUUUUCUUUUUUUAGGUGAAUUCUGUGUUUAAUUUAGCAGGUUUCAUAUUUUCAUUUGUAAUUGUGUACUGUAUUAAUACAUACACCAAAACCAAGAGCUGGACUGAACAAAGUUUAAGUUUUUUUGUUUUAUAAAUACACAAAGAUGCACUCUUAUGUGGUGUGAAUGUUUUUUAAAAAAAACAAAACAUGUGCAACCUGAGUGAGGCUCACGAGGUGAUGUCCUCCGCAGAGUAAGUGUGAGUGUGUAUGAGUGUGUGCAUGUUUCGUGUUUGUGGAACAUCUGACAGAAUCUCAGUUUAAUUGAAUUUUGUUCAUCGUCUGGCCUGGACCUGUUCAGCACAGCUGUGUUUACUCACUAGGCUGGAGUAUUUAAAAUAAGACAGAGUGAAUCCAGUACUGCAUUACUUUGUUUUUAAAUAAAACCUUUGUCAUUGUGAAA